CCGUGCCACCACCUCCAGCGGCGGUUCGACCUGGAAAAAGAUCGUGGACGCGAUCGAGAGGCGAGGGUUCAAUCAGGUAUACUGCAUAGGGGGUGAUGGUACAAUGAGGGGAGUCCUCGCGAUCUUCAAAGAACUCCAACGGCGCAAACUGAACAUAUCCAUCACUGGCAUACCCAAAACCGUCGACAACGACAUCGGCAUCAUCGACCGUUCGUUUGGCUUCCAGACGGCAGUGGAGAUGGCGCAACAAGCCCAUAAACGCCGCUUGCGUUUGACGGCCGAGAGUGCCGUCAACGGCAUCGGCCUCGUGAAGUCAUGUGGCGCAAGCACGGGCCACAUCGCCCUUCACUCCACCCUCAGCAGCCGCGAUGUCGACUGCUGCCUCAUCCCCGAAACAGAGUUCUACUUAGAAGGCAAAGGUGGUCUCUUCGAAUUCCUCGACCAGACGUUGAAACAAAAUGGACACGCUGUGAUAGUCGUCGCCGAGGGCGCUGGCCAAGAUAUGAUACCGAGAACCGAGUCUCAGAAGGAGGAGAGAGACGAGUCCGGCAAUCCCGUGUUUCUCGACGUGGGCCCGUGGCUGAAGUCGGAGCUGAAGAAAUGGUGGGCGAAGGAACAUAAGGGGGAGUUACUUACGGUGAAGUAUAUUGAUCCGACGUACAUGAUAAGGGCAGUACCAGCAAAUGCUACCGAUAAUCUGUACUGCACGUUGCUCGCCCACUCGUCCAUUCAUGGAGUCAUGGCUGGGUACACUGGGUCGAUCAACGGGAAUUACGGGUAUAUACCCGUGGAGGAGGUGGCGUCGGCGAAGAAUGUGGUGGAUACAAAGGAUCAUAAGUGGGCAUGGGUCCGGUCGGUGACGAACCAGCCUGAUUUCCAAAAGGGGUGAGCUUAAGAAAUUAACACGAGCUUUCGAUAGAGCCCGGUUCUUUUGGAGGCGGCUGUGAGAUCUUUGGAGAAUUGUAUAAUGAGACUACUGAGAGCUUUUACUCUUUGUUGUGGUUGAUAUUGUGCCGAUAUGUGCAUCUCUUACCCUCAUCUAUCUGUAGCUGGCGUGGAACUGAGAAUGCAACUGGGUGAGAUAAAGAUUGAGCACCGGGUGCAUGCAAAAGCUAAUAGUAACGUGUAGGAUUAUCUAUCAGUGUGUUUGAUGAUUAUCAUAUGUUAUCUUCUUAUUUGGGGGAGAAUAUUUAUCUAGAAA